AUGGACCAGAAAAGAAGAAAAGUGGAACGAGAGCGAUAUGAGGAAACCCAGAAGCCCGUCUACAUGCUAAGCCACCUUUACGAUGACAUUUCCAGUGAUAAGGAGUGCCUAAGUGAACCCGUGAAUCAGUUUAUCGAAAGUGACGAUUUAGAGGAAAUCUCAGUAAACUCCAUGGACUUCGAUUUUAUCGAUGGAUUACUCGGAGAAAGUGACUCUAUUAGUGACGAGAGGAUAGUUAUCUCGGAAGACGGGAACGAUAACAUGGAUACUCGUCAAGUGAUUGUGUGUGAUGACACUAAUUCUGACUGUGAUAACGAUUCCAUAAUGAUCGAAACAGACGAUAACAACAAUCGCGCUGUGACGAAGACUACAAUCUGCCUCGUAAUGAACCGGACCGUGGGACGGGACCCUUGCGGGACUGAGGAAAUUACACGCGACUCGCAGAUUGUGUAUUCUGAAGACGUGAACCCCGAAGACAUUGACUUUGAAUCAGUAGCUUCAGACAUUUUAAGUGAGGUCCCCAAACAUUUCACUGAUCCACAUGUACAUGUGAAACUUGUAAAGGGAAAUUUGUGA